GUCUGUCUAGAUUGCUACGUCUCGGUCAUCUUGGACCGUCCUGAUUUGAACUGUCAUCCCCCCGACCUGGUGAUGAGGUUGCCUCUAUAAUAUUUCAUCCACUGUUUUUGGACGUGCAAUGCCACUGCUUCCAGAGUCAGUGGAGGCAGAGCACUUUGACGGACUAUCCCUGCUCUACUGGACAAUCAUGGGUCCCCACGGCAUCAACCGUGCUGUGCAAAGACUGGAAUUCUCUGACUGCAGACAAGGACUUGGGGUGAAGAUUAUUGGAGGUUACAGAGAGCUGAGUGGUGAAGAAUUUGGGAUUUUCAUUAAGCGAGUGUUACCGGGUGGCAUUGCAGCACAGGACGGACGACUUAAAGCAGGCGACCUCAUUUUAGAUGUCAACAACAUGAAUUUAGCAGGUGUUACAAAUGAAAGGGCAGUGGAGAUUCUUCGCAUGGCAUCAGCCACAAAUCACAUGUCUCUUCUGAUCGCCCGUGAUGAGGAGUCCAGGAAAGAGUUUGCUGAGCUCAUGGAGAAAUAUGGCUCUAACAGCAAUACAAGCACAGGAGUGGGCAGGAUUUCUCCUACUCUUCUCUCCACAGGUAAAUUGACUGACACGGCAUCAUCGUCAUCAUCAUCCAGAUCAACAAGUCCGCAGAUCUUGAGCCCAAAAGACUGUAGCACAAACCCAAUUACUCCACAGGUCUGCUGCGACUGCAUGAUUCAGCUGAUAUGUGUUGCAAAGGGAACAGGACUAGGCUUGGUCAUUAAAGGUGGAGCAAACCGUGCAGAAGGGCCAAUGGUGUUCAUUCAGGAGAUCAUGCCAGGAGGAGACUGCCAAAGGGAUGGAAGACUAAAAGCAGGAGAUCAACUCGUAUCAAUCAAUAAAGAAUCCUUAAUUGGAGUUACAUAUGAGGAGGCCAAAAGCAUAUUAACCAGAACAAAGCUCAGACCUGACCCAACGGUGGAAAUAGCGUUUAUCAGACGGAGGUCUUCCUCUGGCUCCAGCAGUGGUCCACACAGCCCCAUUUCCCUGCAGCCCCUAUCGACUGCAGGUUCCCAGCUCAGACCACUGGCCCUUGGGGGAGUAGCUGUAACUAUGCCAGGAGGAUUAAUGCCCAAAAUUAAUCCUACCCAUAUCUCUGGAAGUGAGACUCUGCCUUCUGUUAAACUUACUCAGGUACGAGCAGUACCAGUAAAACCAGAGCUUCCUUCAGUCACUACCACUGACAGUGCCUGCACCACAGUGGAAAACUCUGAUGCCUGUAAGUUCACCACCACAGUCACUGUCACUCAGCCGAAGGCUUCCUCCAUCACAUCUAGCUGCCGAAUCAAACUGGAGAAGCUGGAGCAGGCACUGGAGGUUUUGGGUUUAAAACUGACUGAGUCUCAGCUCCAGAUACUGAGAGAGAGACUCCAGGUGGACCAAGGGGGAACAGUGGCAUGUGGAGAUUUUGAAACUCUGACAAAGGAUUUCUUGAAGUUGACGAACAAAUCAGGUGUGCGACAGCAAACAUCCAUAAUCACUUCUGAUGAUCUGACUGACUCUUCAUCAAACCAGCAGGUAUCAACAUCUGACUCCGAUGACCUGGACGAGAUGGAGCGAAUAAGAAAAGAUCACAUUGAAGCCUUAAGAGAAAUAAAGAGUCUGCAGGAUAGGUUGGCUGAGUCUGAGACCCUGUGUCAGGAAAUGCAGCAGGAGCUAAAUAAAAUCAAGCAGGAGGCAAAAGCGGCUGUGGAUGAGAGAAGAUCUCUGCAGACCCAGGUCCAGCUGGCUGAGGCUGCGCAGAAGCAGGCACGGGGGAUAGAGAUGGACUACGAAGAGGUCAUCCACCUCCUGGAGGAAGAGAUAGCAGAGAUGAAGUCUCAGAGAGCAGAAAAGUCAGACCAACCCAAGGAUCAGGAUUUGAAGAAACGGAUUGCUUUGCUCGAGUGUCAAUUGCGGAAAAGUGAAGUUGCAAAGAAAGGCUUUGAAAUUUCUACAGGCAAACUUCUACACUUUGUGGAGGGCAUCCAAGACUUCCUAACAGAGAAUCAAGGAUCUUCCAAGUCUUAUAGUUCUGAAAGUGAGCCAAAGAUGGCUACACUCUCUCAAACUCUGGCUACACAAAGUGGGAGGGAAAUGUCUGGAACGGCCUCCACGCUUGCUCUGGAGGCUCAAGAGCUCAUUCACACAGUUCAAGCCAUCAUAGAAGUGGACUGUUUACCCUAUGGCUGGGAUGAAGCAUAUACUGCAAAUGGAGCCAAAUACUACAUCAACCAUGUGACUCAGACAACAUCAUGGACCCACCCUGUGAUGAGCUCCUUGGGUCUUUGUGAACCAGAUUCAAACAAUCCAAUACAGAACUCAGAAGAGUCCAAAGGCUAGACCCAGUCUCACAACAAUGGCACUUUUUCUGA